AUGCCAUUUGGGCUGUGCAAUGCCCCAGCUACUUUCCAGAGAUGCAUGACCUCCAUUUUUUCAGAUCUGAUAGAGGAGAUGGUAGAAGUCUUCAUGGACGAUUUCUCAGUCUAUGGAGCAUCCUUCUCCUCAUGUUUGUCUAACUUGUGCAGGGUGUUGCAGAGGUGUGAGGAGACAAAUCUAGUACUCAACUGGGAGAAGUGCCACUUCAUGGUUCGAGAAGGGAUUGUGCUUGGACACAAGAUUUCCGAGAAAGGGAUCGAGCUCGAUCGAGCUAAGGUGGAUGUCAUGUUGCAGCUCCCUGUUCCCAAGACUGUGAAGGACAUCAAGGAGUUUUCUGGGUCAUGCAGGGUUCUACAGAAGAUUCAUCAAGGAUUUCUCAAAGAUAGCAAGACCCUUGACAAGGCUUCUGUGCAAGAGACAGAUUUUGAGUUUGAUGAAGAAUGCCACAAGUCUUGGACCUUGCUGAAGGAUGCUCUGGUAUCUGCCCCAAUAGUUCAAGCUCCAAACUGGGAUCACCCAUUUGAGAUUAUGUGUGAUGCAUCUGACUAUGCAGUAGGAGCAGUGCUUGGCCAAAAGAUAGACAAGAAACUCAAUGUCAUCUACUAUGCAAGCAAGACUAUGGAUGAUGCUCAGUGCAAGUAUGCAACCACAGAGAAGGAGCUCCUUGCCAUCGUCUUUGCCUUUGAGAAAUUUCGAAGCUAUAUAGUUGGGUCCAAGGUGAUUGUGCACACUGACCAUGCUGCCCUUAGGCACAUCUUUGCUAAGAAAGAUACAAAGCCAAGACUUCUCAGAUGGAUCCUUUUGCUUCAAGAGUUUGACAUAGAAGUUGUGGACAAAAAGGGAGUAGAGAAUGGAGUUGCUGAUCAUCUCUCUAGGAUGCGAGUUGAAGACAUGAGUCCCCAUCAAUGA